UUUACGUACAUUGAUGCUUGCAACCUCCUCAUCACUAUGCACUUGCGGUUUUUAAUUUGCUCGGGUUGUGGCAGAUCUCGAUUUUGAGGAAUAAGGCACCGAGCGAGUCCAUAUCAAGCCAUAUACAAAUUGUACCGCUGCCACAAAACCAUCGACAUCGGAGUAUUCUCAUUCUCAGAUAUCUUUCGUGCCAACAUCGACUCUUUCGAAGAAAACCAGACUCCAAACACCAAAGCCAAAAUGAAGUUCUCUAGCAUCGCAUUCCUUCUUGCCUCAGCAGCUCUUGCUGUUGCUGCUCCUAUUGAGGGUAAGGCAGGAAGCAUCUUGCAUUGGUGCACAAACUGAUUUCUCACAGAGAAGCGUGCUGGUACUUACGACAUCAUGGCCGAGAACCCAACUCAAGUCACAUCUGAUGACGGAGUCGAUCUUCUCGCACCUCGUAUCGGAUAUAAGAAGGACAAGCGUGCCGGAACUUACGAUAUCAUGGCUGAGAACCCUACCCAAGUGACAUCCGACGAUGGUGUUGACCUUCUUGCCCCUCGUAUUGGGUACAAGAAGCGUGCUGGAGAAGCAUACGACAUUAUGGCUGAGAACCCUACUCAAGUUACAUCUGAUGAUGGUGUUGACCUUCUUGCACCCCGAAUUGGAUACAAGGACUAAGCCAUGACAGUCAAACCCUUUGUAUGAGAACUCCACCCGAUGUUCAGAAUAACGAUUGAUGCUAAAUUUACCCAGGCUACCAAGCCUGAAAAGACAAUGGCUACUCGCGACCAAUUCAGGGAAGGCAGACGGAUACGACGAGCGAGGGGCCUUGGCUUUUUUUCUUUGUUCUUGGGUUAUACUUUCAUUUUGUUGAAUUGAGUUGAUGGCGGCUGAGGGGUGCUUGCGCUUUCUGCGAUCAUGUCAAUUUUGAAACACUGCUUCCAUGUCAUAUCUCCGUUGGAAUCCAAAUGCAGAGAUAGUGAUGAGUUUGUGACUCUGUGCAGUCGGUGUGAGAAAGGGAGUGGUCGUUGAAUUAGGCGCUUUCCCUCGCUUAACCCUAAU